CGGCUUCAGAUAAAGUAGAGAGCUAGAGAGGGAAUUCUGGUGUUUUCCAUGGGGCUAAAGCCGUUUAUAGCUCAAUCCCACAGUGACAGUUUCUUCUUUUUUCCUCUUAUUUGCUUCUCCUUAUCUUCUUCUCUUCCCAUCUUUCUUUCUCUCUUUGCGUCCUUAGAUUAGGUUUGUCCUCUUAUUAAUGUUUAUUUUUUGUCUCUUCUCCUCACCAUCUCUGGUUUUUGUUUGUUAAAGUUCCUGUUUUGGAUUGAAUUCGUUGCACAGAAGUUGAAGUUUUCAAGAAUUUAUUUUUUUUUUCUUCUUCUUCUCUCUUAUAUGUUGUGGGUUGUUUUUGCUUGAUUUGAUUCCUCUUAAUUUGAAGAUCAGAAAAAAAUCAGUUUCCUUCAUUCGGGUUUUCUAUUUUCUGAUUCAAAAUUUCUAACCUACCCAACAAAAUUAUUGAUUUUUUUUCUUUGGUUUCUUGUAGUAGUUCUCUCUGAUUCAACUUUUUUUGUUUUUCUUUUCUGGAAAACUGGUACUGUAGAGAGCUGAAUCAGGAGGACAUGAGUGCAGUACUGUUGCAUAGGAACAGAAUUUUAUAGGAGAUUUCUCCUCCUCCAUUUAGUUGGAAAAGAAAAGCAGGAGAGGAGACAACUAAAGAGCCAUGAAUAAAGGGCAGCAGAUAGGUUCCAUCAGCAGUUCUGAUCUAAUUGAUGCAAAGCUUGAAGAGCAUCAGAUGUGUGGAUCAAGGCAGUGCCCUGGUUGUGGACACAAGUUUGAAGGAAAACCGGACUGGUUGGGUCUUCCAGCAGGAGUGAAAUUUGAUCCAACAGACCAAGAACUGAUAGAGCACCUUGAAGCCAAGGUUAUUGAAGACAAAGACUCUAGAUCACACCCUUUGAUUAAUGAGUUCAUCCCCACCAUUGAUGGAGAAGAUGGUAUUUGCUAUACCCAUCCUGAAAAGCUUCCAGGAGUCACGAAAGAUGGAUUAAGUCGACAUUUCUUCCAUAGACCCUCCAAAGCCUACACAACAGGAACAAGAAAGAGAAGGAAAAUACAGACUGACUGUGAUCUACAAGGUGGCGAGACCCGGUGGCACAAGACCGGCAAGACAAGGCCGGUGAUGGUUAAUGGGAAACAGAAGGGGUGCAAGAAGAUUUUAGUUCUCUAUACAAACUUUGGCAAACAAAGGAAACCAGAGAAAACCAACUGGGUAAUGCACCAAUAUCACUUGGGUCAGCUUGAAGAAGAGAAAGAAGGAGAGCUGGUUGUAUCAAAGAUAUUCUAUCAGACACAACCUAGACAAUGUAAUUGGUCUGAUCGGAGUCCAACUACAGGCGAAGGGAGCGGCGAGCAGCCUAAUAAUAUAAGAGAUAGUGGCAGUGGGAGCUGUUCUUCUAAAGAAGUUAGUACUCAUCAAAGAGAUGAUCAACUCUGCGGUGCUGGGACUGCAAUAUCAAGCUACACUGCCAUGGAUAUUCAACAAAUGAAAUCUGACCAUUUUAGCUUUGUUCCCUUCAGAAAAAGCUUUGAUGAGGUGAGAAUGGGAGAAGCUUUAAAGGCAAGAGAAGCAUCCACAUCUGGCACGUGCGAUGAGCAUGAAGAACCCGAGCACCAAAGAACACAUCAUCACAUGGCCCAUGAAUCACAACAACAACAACAACAUCAUCCUCAUCAUCAGCAUCAUCAUCAUCACCAUCACCAGAUGGCAAACACGGCCUUCCAUGUCAGCAGGCCUACCCAUCCCAUCUCUACACUCAUUGCUCCUCCUCUUCAUCACACCUCCAUUGUUCUUGAUGAAGACCCUUACCAUGUUUCAGGAAUACUUCUCCAAAAUGAAAAGUUUCAGCAACAGCAACAGCAACAGCAGCAGCAGCAUCAAAAACUGGGGGGGAGGUCUUCUUCUGGUUUGGAGGAAUUGUUGAUGGGUUGCACUUCAACUGACAUAAAAGAAGAGUCAUCCAUCACAAACCCCCAAGAGGCAGAAUGGCUAAAGUACUCAUUCUGGCCUGACCCUGACAACCCGGAUCAUCAUGGGUAGAGCAAAAACAAAAGAAAUAAACCUAACAGACAAGAUUUUGAUCAUCUUCAUCAGUACUGAAAUCCCUCCUGUCAGCUCUUUUCCAGAAGAAACCAACAAAACUUGGGAGGGUUUGCUCUCCUUUCUUACUUUCUCUCCCUGGGGUUUGGACAAGUUCUGAUGGUUGAUCUAUACUAACUGUACAAUAAUCCAUGUUGGAAAGAAGUAAAGAAAGAAGAAAAGGGAACCUCUCCUUAGAGAAAGAAAAGGCAAGAAAGAAAGAAGGCUGCUCUUGCUGACAAUGGAAGGAGAACCAAAGCCCCAAAGCAAACAAGACAUGCAUGAAAAUCAUCACCAUCAUGAUUACAGGAAGAUCUUUAACACUAUUCUUAUUAUUUAUUUUUUUAAUCUUUUAUAUAAUUUUUCUUUUUUUACCAAAGGCAACAACCGAAGGGACUGUGCAAAAGAAUCUUUCUAUAGUUGUUUGUGAUUGUCACUUGUCUUUUACCAAAAAACAAAAUAGGAUUUUCACUUCUCGGAUUAUAUAGACAAUGGAUCUAAGUGAAGUUUCUAAGGUCAUUAGAAUAUGAAUUUGAUUGAUUUUAUAUCCUGUUGAGGUAA